AUGGUCUAUGGAAGAAGCAUCGCCGUGGGCGUCUGCCUGAUGACAGUCGUCCUCCUGCUAGCCGCCGUGAUAUUCUACUUGAGUUUGGGGCCCUGCCCCACGGGCAGCUUUGCCUGCGACAAUGGCACGCUGUGCGUUCCUCAGCGCCAGAUGUGCGACAGCCGGCCGGACUGCGCCGACAGCAGUGACGAGCAUCCGGUGGAGUGCGGUCUGCUCUAUGGCAGCAAGGAGAUUGCCGACAAGAUAGUCCGUAAUGCGAUUGAGAAGAAGCAACAGCAGCAGCAGCAACAGCAGAUGAACCAGCGAACAAUUGCGGCGGGCGUGAAUGUGAGUAGCCUGGAUUUAUCACCUUUAAGGAAUCAGAAUCAAACUUGUGAUAUCGUCACAUAUCCGCGUCCCUGUCAGUGCCGGCAAAGAACAAUCCUCUAUUGCGGCCGUUAUGUCAAGCUGCGUCGUUGGCCUCGCAUCAGUUCGGAGGUGACCUAUCUGAUCAUUAUCCGUAACAAUUUGACUCUCCGCGAAAAUAUUUUUGCCAAUUUUACGCGACUACAAAAACUGACGCUCAAGUACAACAACAUAUCACGUGUGCCGCUGGGCAGCUUCAAUGGCCUCGGACAGCUGGAGAGGCUGGAGCUGAGCCACAACAACAUCAGCCAUUUGCCGAAUGGCAUCUUUCUGGGCCUGCACAGCCUUCAAUGGCUUUUCCUCAAAAACAAUAACCUGCAAUACCUGCCCAUGGAUCAGCUGCGGUCCGUCCACCGGCUGGAGUGGCUAGUGCUCAGCGGAAAUCGCCUCACCCUGCGCAAUGUGCAGCUGCCGAAAAUCUCGUCGCUAUACGAAGUUUAUUUGGAUUUCAAUCGAAUCGAAUACAUUGGCGAGGAAACUUUUUCGCAAUUGGAUAAUUUACAUUUGCUGGAUCUCCAGCAUAACCUCAUCACCCAUAUCCAUGGCCGAGCCUUUGCAAACUUAACCAAUAUGCGAGAUAUCCGCCUUGUCGGUAAUCCCAUUAAGGAGUUAUCUGGCGAGACAUUUCUCCACAACACUCGACUGGAGGCACUUUCCCUUGCUCAAAUGCCUCUGCACAUCCACCGUAACCUAAUGGAGCCUUUGAACAUCUCGUUUCUGAAUCUCACGGGCAUUCGCUAUGAUCACAUCGACUUUGCGGUUAUUAAUUCCAUGCGAAACUUGACGUACAUCAUCUAUGAUAGGUUCUUCUACUGUUCCAUGUCGCCGCGAAUAAGGAUGUGCAAGCCUUCCACCGAUGGGGUUAGCUCCUUUCAGGAUCUGCUGAGCAAACCUGUUCUAAGAUACUCCGCCUGGGUGAUGGCCACUUUGACCAUAGCUGGCAAUGUCCUGGUGCUUUGGGGUCGCUUUAUAUACCGGGACGAGAACAUGGCUGUAACGAUGGUUAUAAGGAAUUUGGCCUUGGCCGAUAUGCUGAUGGGUUUCUAUCUGGUCACUAUUGGGGUGCAGGAUUAUCGCUACCGGAAUGAGUAUUACAAAGUUCUGCUGGACUGGAUCACCUCUUGGCAGUGCACACUCAUCGGCACUCUGGCUGUGAGUUCCUCGGAGGUGUCUAUGCUGAUCCUGGCAUUUAUGUCGCUUGAACGCUUCCUUCUGAUUGCCGAUCCCUUUCGAGGCCACCGCAGCAUUGGAAGCCGGGUAAUGUGGUGUGCCAUGCUUUGCAUAUGGAUGACUGGCGUGGGUUUGGCAGUGGUGCCGGUCUUCCUUUGGCGUUCGAGCACUCUGCCAUAUUACGGCUCGUACUCCGGCACCUGUUUCCCCCUGCACAUACACGAGGCCUAUCCUAUGGGCUGGCUAUACUCGGCGUUCGUCUUCCUGGGCGUUAAUCUUCUUUUGCUGCUGAUGAUUGCUCUGCUAUACACGGCUCUUUUGAUCUCCAUCUGGCGGACGCGAAGUGCCACUCCGCUAACACUCUUGGAUUGCGAGUUUGCGGUGCGGUUCUUCUUUAUCGUGCUGACCGAUUUUCUGUGCUGGGUUCCCAUAAUUGUGAUGAAAAUCUGGGUGUUUUUUAACUACAAUAUUUCGGAUGACAUCUACGCCUGGCUGGUGGUCUUUGUGCUGCCCCUCAACUCGGCCGUUAAUCCGUUGCUGUACACAUUUACCACUCCAAAGUAUCGAAAUCAGAUCUUUCUGCGCGGCUGGAAGAAGAUUACCUCCAGGAAGCGGACUGAAGCAGGUAAUACCAAUGUGGCUACUACUACUACGGGCACGGCCACCGCCUCCUCCCAGCAUCCAGACGACUCUACAGCCAAGUCUAUGCCCUUGGCCCUUACCCUGGGGAACUGA